UAUUCGGUCACACUGUCAGGGCGUUGACAGCGUUGUUAUUAGUUAAUAAACAUAUUUUGACCAAUUGUAAAUAACAACGAUUUCAUUUAUUAAAAAUGGUAGUAUUGAGCUCCUGUUGGUCACCAAUAAUCUGGUCAAACAAUGUACGCACUGGCAGCUAUGCAGUUGCCGGCUAUACGGCAGCGUUAAGUUUCGUAUUAAUUACGAUAAUUUGCUAUAUGCUAGCUGGCGGAGAAUCUGGACAACUUUAUUCGCCGUUGUUUGAAACGGACAUCCGGAGUUCCAUGCCGAUCGCUGGUGGCUUCUUCAUAAUCUACUUCAUUUUAAUUAUAAUUGCCUCCUAUAUGGUAUACCAUGGCAUCAAAAUUAACACCCGUGGCUGGCUGUUGCCCUGGCUAUUUUUAGUUGGACUCGCGAUCCUUUUCCAGUUUGCCUGGAGCCUCUGGUUAAUUGGAGGCUAUUACAUAUACCUGGAGCAAACAUUCUCGGCGCUGUUGAACUUUCUUUGGAUGGCUUACAAUUUAUACUGCUGGCUCGUUGUCUUCUCGCAAUAUCAAAUCUUCUUGGAGUUACAGAAUCCAAAUAUUGAACUUUUAAUGCCAUAAGGAUGAAUCUCUUUUUUUGGAGAUGUCGACAGCUAAUCGAAUAUAUACUAUUUGUAAAGCAUUUAAAAGCGAUGCGUUUAAUCUAGAAGUAUUUAAACAACCAAUCCGUCCAUAGAGUAAUAAUUCAGUGACAUUCUAUUUUUGACUACAAAAUGUGUCUUAAGCGUACAUAAUCAAUUUACAAAUAUGUAUUUUAUACAACACGACGAGUGUAUAUUUACACAAUUUUCAUAUUUAUACAAAUAAAUUUACUAUUUUACUAUACAAA